AUGAAUGUUAGCAGCUCCGGUUCGUGGGUCUUUAAAGCUAUUAUGAAGCAGAGAGGAGUUAUUGAGCAACAUCAUAUGUGGAGCAUGACCCUGAAUAAAGUGGAGGUGAAAAUCAGAGAUAUCUAUUUGAAGAUUUUACAAGAGCAAGUCCACAAACCGUGGAGGAAGAUCAUGUAUGAUAAUGGAGCCUGGCCUAGAGCAAAAGUUAUCAUUUGGUUAGCUUUCCAUGGGAAGUUGGCAACAAAAGAGAGGUUGAAGCGGUUUGGAAUUCUGGAUGAUGAUAUUUGCUACUUUGGCAAUGCACAAGAGACCCAAAAUCAUUUGUUUUUUGAUUGUGGUGUUAUGAAGAGUAUUUUGACUCAGGUGCUAGAUUGGAUUAAGGUUCAGCAUUCUCCUGGUGCUUGGGAAGAGGAGAUAAAUUGGAUUAGCUUGAAUACUAAAGGAAUGGGGUGGAAAGCAAAGGUUUUGAAAAUAGCUUAUACAGAAACAGUCUACAAUUACUGGUUAUACUGGAAUGAUAUAUGUUUUGGUAAUACUGAUAGUAAUAGAGGUAUAGUGGAUAGAACCAUAGAUACAAUUAUAUAUCGUGCUUGGACAAAUACUAAGUUAAGACAUCAUGUUAGUGUUUUCAUGAUGUCUUGA